AUGGCCCGAGGGCGUGGUAGAGGAGGGCCAGUGACGAAGGAACCGUCCAGAUCGAGUGUCAAAGAGAGUGAUAAUUCAACGAAUCAUCUUGGUGAGACCAGUAGUAGGGCUAGAUUGAGGUGCGAUGGGAGGACAGAGGGGAAUUGCGAUGGAGCAGUGGUGGUACCGGCGGCAGGAGUCAAAUUGGGGUUCAUGCAGAAAACAACAAAGGCUCUCAAAAGAACUUGGUGA